AUGCAGAGGAACAGCAACGUGGCAACACCUCUUUACAUGGAGUGGAUGAUACAAGCCAACUCCCCCCGUGUCCCAACACCUACAGGAAGUGCCUGGGCUCGUAGCCCUCGCUCCGUAUUAUUACGUUUUCUACGAGCGAUUCCGCUAAGACGUCAGAGGAGGCGCCUCGGCCAAUCAGAACCGAGGGAUAUCCACCUCAGCCAAUCAGAAUCGAGAUCGUCGCCAUCAACGGUAUCCUUGUUGAGAAGAGAGAUCGUGGCAUCGCAAGAGCUAGCCCUCCGUGAAAGUGUUUUUGGGAAAAUUUGCGAGAUUUUUGGGGAAAUGAAGGCAGGAGCUUAUGAGUAUGAAGAGGACGGUGAGAAGGGUGCGGCAAACAAGAAGCCAAAUGGACUACCCAUCUGGGGCAAUGAGAAGUCCAUGAACCUGAACCCCCUCAUCCUAACCAACAUCCAGUCCUCGCAGUAUUUCAAAG